AUGACUGAAGACAUCAAGGGCGUCGGGGAAGCACACCUUUUGGAUACGCUUGUAGAUGAUAUGGACAUCCUUCUUGGGAAAGGUUCUUGUGGAGCUGUUUAUUCCCUCAAGAGUUCGCCAACUGACGUGGUUAAAGAAAUUCAACUGGACGGAGUUCCUCCCACUAGGCUGGAGUCCUUGAGAGAAGACGUUAACCACUUCUUACACUUGGAUCAUCCUAGAGUUAUUAAAUAUCAGCGAGUAGUAUGGCGUGAAGGUCUUUUGUACAUAUUUAUGAAACGAUACAGCCAGUCCUUGGAUUCAGUCAUUAAAAUAUAUAAGAGAAAAAAUCUUAACAUAUCUCUUGAAAAGUCACUCGAUAUCACCUGUCAACUUGCUUCUGCCCUGGCAUAUCUUCACAGCCCAGACAAGACAAGUCCGAAAGAUGGCUCCUUACCCCUUAUGCUCUACAAGAAUCUAAGGCCAACUAAUAUCUUGACUGACGAAGAUAUCACAGCUGUUGUCAUUACAGAUUUUGGUCUUUGUAAGGAUGAGACAGCGUUUAACAGCACUCCUGUUGAUGCCUUACUCUACGCUGCACCAGAGACUGUUUUAGAAAGAAAGUAUAGCCCCUCUUCUGACAUUUGGAGUCUCGGCGUCAUUUUAUAUGAGCUUGUAACUGGAACUAGGCCUGCAUUUUCGCGUAGCGAUCCCAGCGGAGCUAUGUUUACUGACAACUGGGCACCUGACCUUAGCUCUGUGUCAAGCAUAUUUGUAAGAGAGCUCCUAAAAAGGAUUUUUGUUCUGACGCCAGAAGACCGUAUUACAGCAGACGAGCUUGUACAUAUGCUAGAGCUACGGAACAAUGCCGAUGCCACAAUACUGAUAUACCAGCGCACGGAACAACUACAUUCUCAAAUUAACAUGGUGAUUAAACAAUGUGACAUGCUGGCUGAUAAAUGUAAGUGCUUAGAAGCAGCCCUGAACGAGUCUGCACAGACAAAUACAAAUCAACGUAUUCAAAUAGCAUCUCUCCAAAAAGAUCUCGACGUAAAAGUAGCUGGAAUAGCCAAGUUUAAAAAACAUUGCAAUCAGCAAUAUUCUAAGAUAGGUAUGCUCGAGAAGAAAAUCGUAGGCCUGGAAAAAGUGAUAUCUGCCUUGAAAGCGUCUAAUGAGCUUAUUAUCCUCACCAGGCUGAUGCGUGCCGCACACACGAAUAGCACGGAGACUGUUCGAAUGCUGGUCAAUGAGAGGAUUGGCAUCAGCAGACGUGACGAGCAGGGAAUGACGGCCCUCAUGCACGCAGCCCAGCAGGGGCACGUGGGCCCCGUUGAGCUGCUUGCCGAGAAGGAGAAGGGCCUCCAGGACAAUAAUGGCUGGACCGCGCUCAUGCAUGCUAUGCAUAAUAACCAUCCUGAAGUGGUCAAAGUUCUUGUCCGUUAUGAAUGUGGACAAAGAGCUAACAACCGUACCGCCUUGAUGAUUGCUGCAGAGAAAGGAUGCACGGAGAUGGCUUCUAUUCUAGUUCCAUAUGAAAAGGGUCUGACUGAUAGCAAAGGCAACACGGCCUUGAUGAUUGCUACAAUUAAUUCGCAUAUAGAAACUAUCAAAGUAAUUGCCCAAUAUGAGUAUGGCUUUAAAGAUUUGCAUGGUUGCACCGCUCUUAUGAUGGCAGUGAAAGAUAAACGGUUCAAGAUAGUCAAUAUCCUUGCUGAGCAUGAGAAGGGAAUAAGAGAUGAAAACAAAUGUAUAGCUCUUAUCUAUGCUGCCCAGACUGGUCACAGGAAAAUAACGAAAUUCCUCAUGGACUAUGAGAAGGACGUUGUAGGGUGGACAAUGCUCAUGUGCGCCGCAGCUCUUGGAGAUAUAGACAUGGCGUCCCAGCACCUCGACGAGAAGGGCCAUAAGGACAAACAGGGCCAGACAGCCCUCAUCAUUGCUGCUCAGAACGGAAGGGACGAGGUCGUGAAGCUUCUGAUGAAACAUGAGGGUGGCGCCUCAGGAUGGACAAAUCUCAUCUAUUUUGCAUAUCUCGGCGAUGUUUGUGCAGUCAAAGAAAACCUUCACGAAAAGGGACGACAAGACGAUGCUGGAAUAUCUGCUCUCAUGUGGGCCAUGCAGAAAGGUCACAAUGAAAUCAUGGAAAUCCUCCUCAGCCAUGAGCGGGGACUCAAAGAUAAGCAGAAUCGUAAUGUUCUAUACUACGCUUUCAAGAGUGAGCAUACAAAAGAUAUCGAGGCCUUUAUAAAGAGUGAAGAUCCGACAGACGGGAAUGGUGUCACCGCACUCAUGCGAGCUGCUGCCAGAGGAGAUGCAGAGAUGGUGAAGCUACUUAUACCAAUCCAAAAAGGUCUAAAAGAUAACAGUGGACAGACCGCUCUUAUGCACGCUUUUAAUAAUAAGCAUAAGGAUAUUAUCACUAUGUUAUUGAAAUACGAAAAAGAUUCUUCGUGGACGUCACUUAUGUGUGCAGUUAUUGAAGGAGAUCUGCUAACAGUUAAGAAGUAUCUUCAUGAAAAAGAUGCGGUAGAUAAAGAAGGAAAUACUGCCCUUAUUUUCGCUGCUAAGGCAGGUCAUAGGGAUAUGGUGGAACUUAUAAAUCCAACAGAUGAAGAUGGUGUCACCGCACUCAUGCGAGCUGCUGCCGGAGGGGAUGUUUCUACAGUAUUAGCUCUUAUUCCUCUUCAGCAAAGAAUGCAAACUACGUCUAAUGGAUGUUACAAAAGUGGAAAAAACGACUAUCCUUUUCCCAAAGGUUUUACAGCACUUAUGUUUGCUACUCUAUUUAAACAACAAAGUGUUGUACAAGAGCUUGUAAAGUACGAAAAGGGAAUGAAGGCUCCACAUCAAUACCACCACUAUUCAUCAUAUCGAUACCACCAUUCUGUAUGUAAUGACAGGACUGCCCUUUCAAUAGCUAAGUAUUAUCAAUAUACGCGUAUUACGACUAUACUCUCUGAAUAUUCUGAAGAACAUUGCGAAUAA